AUGGAGAGAAAAAUAAUAGAGUUUAUUUAAGAAUGUCAAACAAAUAUUGGAAAUUACUAAGAUUUAUCUUAAAUGGAGGAAAUAGUUCAUUAACUUAUUUCAAUUGUUUGUAUAAGUUAUUAUUAUAUUUUGAAGAUUUUCUUAUAGAAUAAGGCUAACAAACCUUUGAAGAAGAAAAAUAAAAAUUUUAAGCCCUGAAUUAAGACUUUUCUAAUUUAUCAAUUUAAUAUAGUCAAGCCUUAUUAGAAAUUUAAACACUCAAAGCACACCAUAAAUAAGAUGUAGAAGAAUUUUCUGAGUUUGAGGAUCGAAUGAUUAAAAAGGAAUUAUUUAUAGAGAAAGAAAAAGAAGAAUAACUUUAUAAUAUGAAAUCGAGCACAAAUGAAAUGAUGAAAUCAAUGAAAUUUCAAUAAUAAUAAUUAGAAAAUAUAAAGAAAUAAAAUGAGGAUCAGUAAAUAGAAAUUAAAGAAUUGCAAAAAUUAUUACAAUAAAAAUAACUUAACACUGGACUGGCUGAUGAUCAUUAAGAAUCUUAAAUCUAAACCAUCAUAAGUAUUUAAGAACCAAAAGAAAGUUCUCCUUCAUGUAAAAGUGUUUAAUUAAAACAAUAAGAAAGUAGUUCAAGUAUUGAAUUAAAUACACAUACUAUUUAAAGAGAGCUUUGUUCUUAAACCAUAUUAACUACAAAUAUUUUAAGGGAAUCUGGUCUUCAUUUAAAAUAUAAUCCUUGUCAUUCUAAAAAUCAGAGUAUAAAUUGGGUCAAGUUAGCUACAAUUGCUUAAACUGAGUUAUCUUCAUCAUCAAAAAGUGAUGAUGAAGAAUCUGUUUUUAGAAAAUCUUAAAGGAGAUUAUCAAAAGAUUUGAGUACUGAAUGUGAACCAAUAUUUUUUAGUAGCAGAAAUCCAUAUAAAGAUUUCUUUACAUUGGUAUGGAUAAUGAAUAUUAUUUAGAUUAGUCAAUCAGUUAAAUUAAAUUUAAAUUAAACAAAGUAUUAUGUUGUAAAUGUUGAUAUGAUGUAUAAUUAAUUUCAGGUAGAAGGCAUACCAUUUCAUAAAUGGUACAAAAAAAUAGAAAAUUAUAUUUUAUAAUAAGUUUAAUGA